CCAAGGCUGGCAAGCAGAGCCGUGUGUAGUGUGGUCUGAUGAUGCCCACUGUUUUGGAACUUCCUUUAUAUUUCACAUAUAAAUGGUAAAUGCAACAACGAUCCCUCCACAGACCAACGUGUUCCCUAAACUAUGCCUUAGAGAGCAGCAGCCCCCAUACAGAACCGAGAAGCCAUAGCCUGGAGACUGCACCACAGCAUCAAAGCCUGAAGAGAGGAGGCGCUGGUGGCAUCGCAGGCUGGAAUUAUCAGGUUGGCUUCAGGGCCUGGUCUAUGCACUUGAUACCACUUUCCUUUGCCUGUUCAGACAGCCUGAGCAGCCCGCUGAGUCCCUCUGCAUUCUCUCAGCUCCCACACACAGGGCAGCUCCCGUGGCUGAGUACACACACGCACACCCAUGCACGCACACAGUGUGGCGAUGCCGAGCUGGGGCUCUGCAGUCACACUGCUGCCUGGCUUAGAAUUCUUGCUCCACCUCUUACUGGUGCUGUGAUUUUAGACAAGUGA